AAAAUGGACUCUCGUUUGAACGUUGGAUGGUAGAGUUUAUGUUCUCUGUCGCCAAAUGUGAAGCUUUUCAGAGCAUGACACCCAAAUCAAUGGCCAUCUUUGUUUUCAAGCAAUUGCCAACGUUUCCCCCUCCCAAUUUCAAGCCUUUUUCUUUCAAUUUUUCCAACCAAGUACUUUCAAAGCGGGGAAAUUUUGACUCUGCUACAAGGCAGAAAAGCAACAAGUUUCUCGUCUACUGCAACUCCCAAAUCACAAAAUUCGGUAGGAAUGGUUGUAUCAAGGAAGCAGAGUCCAUUUUCAAUCGUAUGCCUAACAAGAGCACCGUCUCUUGGACUGCUUUGCUCACUGCAUACGCUGAAAACGGCGAAAUAAAUAAAGCCUGUGAAGUGUUCUACAAAAUACCUGAUCCAAAUGUUGCAUCCUAUAAUGCGAUGAUUACGGCAUAUCAUCGGAGAAACAUGGUAGAUGAGGCUUUUGAGUUGUUUUCUAGCAUGCCUCAGCGUAAUUCUGUUUCCUAUGCUACCAUGAUCACUGGGUUUGUGCAUGCUGGAAUGUUUGAUAUGGCCGAGAAGUUGCAUCGUGAAAAACCGGUUAUCGUGUCCUCUAAUGUGUUAAUUAAUGGGUAUUCGAAGGUGGGGAGAAUAGAAGAUGCGGUUCGGAUCUUUGAUGGCAUGGAAGAAAAGGAUGUGGUUUCUUGGAGCUCAAUGAUUGCUGGGCUCUGCAGAGUUGGGAAAAUUGUUGAGGCUAGAAAGUUGUUUGACAAAAUGCCUGACAGAAAUGUUGUCACUUGGACAGUAAUGAUUGAUGGGUAUAUGAAGAUGGAAAAUUUUAGAGAUGGUUUCAUAUUGUUUCUAAAUAUGAGAAGGGAAGGGGUGGAGGUUAAUGCAACUACCUUGACGGUUUUGCUUGAAGCCUGUGGUUCUUUUGAUCGAUAUGGAGAAGGAAUUCAAAUCCAUGGGUUGGUUCUAUCCUUGGGGUUUGACGUAGAUCCUUAUCUAGCCAAUUCUAUGAUCACAAUGUAUUCUAGAUGUUAUUCUAUCGAUGCAGCUGCUAAACAAUUUGAUUUAAUCGUCAAGAAGGAUAUAGUUACAUGGAAUUCUUUGAUUACGGGUUAUGUUCAAUCUGGAAACUUGGAAAAAGCUGUCUUUCUAUUUGAGAAAAUGCCACAAAAGGAUGUGGUUUCCUGGACAACUUUGAUUUGUGGGUUUGCCAGCAAGGGGAGGAUUGAUGAAUUCAUUAGUUUGUUUCAAAUGACGCCUGAGAAGGAUGCUAUUACUUGGACUGCUGUAAUUUCAGGGCUCGUGAGCAUAGAGGAAUAUGAGAUAGCUUUCCGUUGGUUUAUUAAGAUGUUUCAGAGUGUAAUCAAGCCAAAUGCAUUCACAUUGAGUUGUGUGCUUAGUGCGGCCGCCAGUAUGGCAAUAUUAAACCAAGGGUUGCAGAUCCAUGCUAUUGUGACAAAGAUGAGUUUGGAAAAUGAUCUAUCAAUCCAGAAUUCUUUAGUUUCCAUGUAUUCAAAGUGUGGAAAUGUGGAUGAUGCAUUGAAAAUGUUCUAUUAUAUCAAGGUUCCUAAUGUUGUUGCUUACAAUACCAUUAUCACUGGGCUAGCUCAAAAUGGACUUGGGAAAGAAGCACUUAAGUUAUUCACGAAAAUGCAGGAUGAUUACCUUGUACCUAAUCAUAUUACAUUUCUAGGUGUUCUUUCCGCAUGUGUCCAUGUGGGACUUGUGGAAGAGGGGAGGAGAUACUUUGGUCUAAUGAGAUCUUUUUAUGAUAUUCAACCUGAGCCUGAUCAUUACGCUUGCAUGGUUGAUCUUCUUUGCCGAGCUGGAAUGUUCGACAAAGCAGUUAGUUUGAUUUCUUCAAUGCCAUUUGACCCUCAUCAAGGUGUUUGGGGAGCAUUGCUUGGGGCAAGCUGGACCCACCUCCGUCUUGAUGUUGCAGAGCUUGCAGCUCAAAAUCUCUUUGAACUGGAACCUAAUAGUGCAACACCUUACGUGAUUUUAUCUAAUUUACAUUCUAUUUCUGGUGAUAAGAGAAAACAUGAGCUUAUAAGGUUGAUGAAGAAAUCAAGAGGGUUAAAGAAGAGUCCAGGUUGUAGUUGGAUAAUACUUAAAGAUGAAGUCCAUCUAUUCCAUGCAGGACGUCAAUCCAUCAAAAACAUCAAGGAGAUGACAGAAAUUCUAUGUGCACUGGCAGCAGAAGUAGGAAGGUGGAAAACAUCAUAAGAAUGAAAAAAUGGCAGAAUCAGAUUGGUUCCUUGGAAAUUACCAUUACAAUUAUUGGAUUGUAUUUGUUCAAUUUUGUAUGAUUGGUUUUGUGCAAAAGUUAAAUAUUUGGAUUACAGUGAUUUUUGGUAUUCUAUUUCUGAUGUCAUCAACAUAAUUCAUUUGAUCUGUAGGAAGCCAAAGAAGUAAACUUUUUUACUGAAUAUGGGAAUGCUAACAGAUAGAAGAUUCUUGAAGUUGUUGGAAGGGGAAGUUAUGGAGUCGUUUGUUCUGCUACAGGCAAACUGGUGAGGAAGUUGUAAUAAAGAUUAAAGAGAAUUCAUGAUAUUUUUUAUCACGCAUCUGAUGCUAUUCGAAUCCUUAGUGAAGUUAAGUUGCUUAGAUUGUUUCAGCAUCCCGAUAUUGUUGACAUCAAGCAUAUUAUGUUACCACCUUCUAAUAAGGAAUUUAGGGACAUUUAUGUGGUUUUUGAGCUUAUGGAGUCUGAUCUUCAUCAAGUUGUUAAAGCAAUUGAUGACUUGACGCGUGAACAUCGUCAAUUCUUCCUCUAUCAAAUGCUACGUGCAUUGAAAUUCAUGCAUACAGCGAAUGUGUAUCUUAGAGAUCUGAAGCCAAAGAAUAUAUUAGCAAAUGCCAAUUGCAAGCUUAAAAUUUGUGAUUUGGGACUUGCAAGAGUUGCUUUCAGUGAUACCCCAACUACUGUAUUUUGGACAGACCAUGCUGCUACAAGAUGGUACAGAGCUCUGGAGUUGUGUGGAUCGUUCUGUUCCAAGGAAACAAUAAUGCACAAUUCUUGUUCAGGGGGCACUACGGAACUGUCCUGGAAGUUGAAAUAUCUUUCAUUCAUGUAACUGUGUCAGUAUACUCCUGUGGUAGACAUUUGAAGUGUUGGCUGCAUAUUUGCUGAGGUUUUGAUGGGGAAGCUACUGUUUCCGGGUAAAAGUGUUGCACAUCAGUUGGAUUUGAUUACUGAUCUUCUUGGGACCCGCUCAUUGGAAACCAUUUCAGGAGUUUGAAAUGAAGAGGCCAGAAAAUAUUUGACAAAAAUGAAAAAGAAAUCUGCAGUGCCAUUUUCACGAAGAUUUCCCAAGGUGGAUCGUACAGCCAUCUGCUUAUUGGAAAGACUAUUAGCAUUUAAUCCAAAGGAUCGACCAUCAGUUGUGGAGGUUGUGGCUGAUCCUUGUUUUAAAGGCCUAGCCAAAGUUGAAAGAGAACCUUCUUGUCAGCCAAUCUCAAGAUCGGAAUUUGAGUUUGAGAGACGGAAAUUAACAAAGGAUGAUGUUAGGGAAUUGUUGUACAGAGAAAUAUUAGAAUAUCAUCCUCAAAUUCGUGAAGAUUAUUUGAACGGAACUGAGACUACAAAGCUCCUCUAUCCUAGGUCAUUUUAAAAGCCAAUUCACCUUCCACAAGGAUAAUAACGGUAAAAACGCGCCUGUUUUGCCUCUAGAAUGGAAACACUUCUCCCUGCCACGGAGCAAGUGUGGAGUUCCUCUUUCCUGCAGGGAGUCUUUUCAUGAUUGUGUCAUAGCAAAGAUAGCUAAGGAGUCCACAUUAUUACUAUAGCAUAUAGUUAGGUUGGGGACAGGUGUAGUGUAAUAUAAGUUUUUAAUCCAAGGUUGUGUUCUUACAGUGUCAACCAUUUUGUUAACCGUUGUUAGGUCCACUGUUUGCUCAAAUUUGGUUUCACCUGACCAUGAACACGUUCGGCAAAAUCCCAAAGUUUGUAAUAAUAGUAUGGGAUUACCGGAUAGCACCUUUGGGAAUCCAUCAAAAGGGCUCAUCCUCCACCUAAAGUGCCUACUGGUAUGAACAUAUUUCUCAUGGUUUUCCCCCUCAAAGUUUCUCUUUUUUUUUUCAAUGGACAAAUUCUGUUAAGAGUAUCUCUUUUGAAUGAGAAUCUUGUAAGCUUGUAUAAUGCAAGAUUUUACUUAAGCUCUUUCAAGCUCAA